GAGGGCAGAUCUGCUCCUCUGCAUGCCUGCUGGGUGCUCUGCUCUGAGGAGGCCGCAUCGUCUCAGACCUGUUGCAGUCUCCAAAUAUAAAGCAAAUAUAAACCCCCCUUUGUUGGGGUGAGGUUGACUUGACUGAGCCACAUGAUCAGUCAGGUGACAAAAUUGGGCACCAAAGCGGAGGAGAAUGAGCAGCUGGGUGAGGGCAUUAGCUGCUGAUCUUGCCUCUUGACAGGCUGUGUUACUCCUCAGGGAAAAAUGAGUGCCUGGCUGUGUCCUCUGCUGUGGACUUUAACCAUGGUGUGCUUAACAGGUAUUGCUUUAGGCCAGACAGUCAGCACUGAGGUCUCCAUCACAUCAACCCCAGCACCUCCCAGUGCAACCAGCACUGAGGUCCCAAUUGCAUCCACCCCAGCACCUCCCAGUACAACCAACACUGAGGUCCCAGUUGCAUCCACCCCAGCACCUCCCAGUGCAACCAGCACUGAGGUUCCCAUUGCAUCCACCCCAGCACCUCCCAGUGCAGCCCCUGCUACGGCCUCUGCUCCCCCAGCUGCUCCUGCAACGCUCUCAGCUGCACUGACACCAACCACUGCAAGCCCUGCUGCACCCACAGCAACUCCAUCUGCUGAUCCAAGCACAACAACCCCUGCCCAGACUCUGCCCUCCAGCAUGGGGACUGUCCCCACCUCUGGCAGCAGGGCCACCUCUCCAGCACCUUCAGCACUGACAGCCACACCCAGCAGUGCUCCAGCGUCCCCUCCAGGGGUGACCACAUCCCCUGGGCUCCCAUCAUCAGCUCUGCCCCCCAGCACCCCCCAGCCCUCCAACUGCAGCAGAGUGAAUGUGACAGCCUGUGUCCCCUGCCCCCCAGGGACUGUCCCUACCCAAGGCACCUUGAGCUGCUCGUGCUGCGCGGGGGGCGCGUGCAUCGGCCCCGGUGCCUGCAGCCCCUGCCCUCCAGGCCACUACCAGCCCCAAGGUGGGCAACCAUCCUGCCUGCCCUGCCCACAGGGCUCCUACACCAGCUUCCCAAGGAGCACUGUGUGUCUUUCCUGCCCACCAGGACAUUUUGCUAAUGAGUCUGGGGCUGCAGCCUGCAGAGCCUGUGAGCGAGGAUAUUUUAGCUCCAAGCAAAAUGCAGCUUUUUGUCAGCCUUGCCAGCCAGGAUCAUUUUGCAACACCACCAGCUGCUCGGCCUGUCUGUCCUGCCCCGGGGGACAGGAGGCUCCUCGGGAGGCAUCGGAGGGGUGCGAGUCCUGCCCACCAGGUACAUUCAAAGGUCCCAGUGACAACAGAUGCAAGGCCUGCAGCACAGGAGAGUACCAACUACAGCGGGGCAAGGAGAGCUGUGACCUGUGCCCAGAAAACCACUACUGCCCUAGCCCAGAUGUGAACCCAGUGAAGUGCCCUCCUGAUGCCUUCUGCCCCCGGGGCAGCGUGGAGCCCACCUACUGCAUGGAGCUCUUCCUGUACAAGGCAGGGGACUCCUGCCAGCUGACCCCUGCCACGGUCAUUGUCCUGGCCACCUUCUCAGCAGGUGGGAUCCUUGUUCUCUUUCUAAUAAUCCUGAGAAGGCGGCAGGAGCACGGCAAGAACUCCCUGAAGUGGCUGUUGCUGCCCCGGGGCUCAGGGCCCGCCUCCUACGGGGGCACGGAGCACACGGAGCCCGUCUAUGCUGGCUGGUAGCCCUGGCCGUGGCCAGCAGCCUCUCCUUCCCCUGGGGCAACGCAGAUGUGGCUCUGGGCAAGGUGUUUAACCAUCAGCAACCUACUUCUGCAUAGCUGAAAUCAGUGCUGGGGAAUAAAAGUCAGUUUUUGAGUUGUGGCUACUUGUGCAAACCAACCCAGCUCCCUGCUCUGCUGCACUGGGCUGAUGGGAAAAGUCUUCUUCCAAUUGCUGGCUUCCUUCACAAGUAAAUACUUUUCUCCUUUCAUCAGGGGGAAAAAAGCCCCAAACAGCAAUCAAUCCUGUUUCUCCAUUUUAAUAGUCAGCUCAACAGAGUGAGGAGUGACUGCUCCAGUUAUUGAGGUCCCUUUGAUACAACACUAAUUUUUCA